AUGGGCGUGCUGGCGAAGCUGCUGUACGUACUCGUGGAGGACGACGACGGGGAGCAGCAGCGCGCGGGGAGUAGUAGUAAACUCGCAGCCGAGGCAGGCGGAAAGGGCGCGCGUGCGGCGGUGCGCUACACCAAGUCGGUGCUGUCCAGCACGCUGCAGCUCAUGGGGUGCAAGUCCCGCCACGCCGUCAAGAUCAGCGAGCGCGUCUUCCAGAUGCUGCUGCAGCAAGUCACCAGCCGGCGAGUUUCCGGCCAUCGGACGGACGUGGCGCACCGAUCACGGAUGGCAAACGGAUUCGACAGUACCCAGCGAUUGGCCAGGCCAAACCGAGAGGAUUCCGGCGCCGUUCUGGCCACCAGCGCCAGCCAUGAUAAUCACAGUUGCCGUGACAAUAAUGGCCGUGACAAUAACGAGCGGACAGAAAACAGGGCAGCAGCAGGGGGGUCGAGUGCGGGCGGGGGGGACACAGUGAGGGGCGUGAGCGUGUCUUUGAAGCGCAGCACGUUUCUGGACGUGGUGUGCCGGGCGCUGGCGGAGUAUCGCUACCUCAGCGCCGACCAGCGCAGCGACCUCGCCCUCGCCUGCAAGCAUCACGGGUGGGCAUCACGGCGGUGUCGACCCACUCCGUGCACCACACGAUCCGCAUCGCGGCUGGGCAUCACAACAGUGGUGUCGACGGAUUCGCUGCGCCACAUGAUGCGCGGCUUCAGCAGCCGCGAGGCCAACCCGCUGCUGUAUGCCUCCACGUACCAGGCAGGCGAACACCUCGACCCCGCUGCUGUUGCUGAUGCCAAGGCCAGGAAGAAGGCGGAGAAGCUGGGAGGGAAGCACGGCGGCGCACAGGCGGACACACAGGCUGCCGCAGCACAGCGAGACUGGGAAGGAGGCCGGGAGAGGAGGCUGGCAGCUGGGGAGGUUGGGGGGCAGGUGCGGCUGAGAGAGAUGCAGGGCGCUGUGGAUCUGAGAGAGAUGCAGGGCGCUGUGGAUCUGGGCGCUGGUGAGAGCAGAGGCGCGGUAGGACUGGGGGGUCGGGUGGGGGAAGGGCAAAUAGGCGGAGAAGGGAACAACGGGGGAGAAGCUGCAGUGACAGGGGGAGGUGGGGGUGGGAGGGAUGAGAGGGAGAUGGGAGAGGCGGUUUGGGAUGGUCGGCCAAGCGUGACAGGUUUGGACAGGGAGAGGAGUGGGGAAGGAGGCAGUGGAGGGAAAGGGAGAGAUUUGGGGAGUGGGAUGGAUGCUGUGAAUGGGAAGGAGCCAAUGAGUGAGAAGGAAGUAGUGAGUGAGAUGGAGGCAGUAAGUGAGAGGGAGGGGGUGAGUGAGAGGGAGAUGGUGAUUCAGGGGUACAAGGCGCAGAGUGAGAUGGUGAUAGGCAGUGUGGAGCAGCUGCUGUGCAAGUGGGAGCGCUGCCAUGAGUCCGCCAUCGUGGAGGGCGUUCACCUCAGCCUCAACUUUGUGAUGGAGCUGUUGAAACGGCACCCCACGAUCAUCCCGUUUGUCAUCUACAUCGGCAACGAGGCGAAGCACAUGGAGCGGUUUGCGGUGCGCGCCAAGUACAUGACGCUGGACCCGCGGCGCAACAAGUACGUGCGCUACAUGCGCAACAUCCGCGCCAUCCAGGACUACCUCGUGCGCCGCGCUGACAAGCAUCUGAUCCCUAAGGUGAACAACACGAACAUGGACAAGAGCGUGGCGGCCAUCCACGCCACGGUGUUCGCCUGCCUGCGCCACCGCGCAGCCGGGGAGAGCAUGUACAGCCGCGCCUCCAACACGCUGCCACUGCUGCACCACGAGUACGACACACAGUACACUGCGUCUGGACUCGGCUCCAAAGGCAUGCUCUACGUCAUACAGAGAGAAGGCAGUCUGAGGGAGGGCAGCCUCAGGGAGGGCAGUGUGCGCUCCUCUGCCUCUGACCUCCCGGAUCCGCUCUCUGGUCUGCCCACGCGGGCCGUCAGCCUCCCCACGUACGCCUUUGGUGCUGAUAGCAGCGUGUCGGGCGCUGCAGCAGCUGCAGGGGAGCCGUACCCGCCUGCUGCUGCCCACACUCGCCUCUCACCCCUCCCACCUGACUUCCCACCUGAUGGUUCUCCACAUGGUGACCCACCUGGCACGGAGGCGUCUCAAAGCCACGGCCCGCCCUCCCUGUCAACACUGGCCUCCCGGCUGCCGCGCUCCUUGCAAGUGUCAGAGGGCAGCACAGGCACCACCUCAUGGGGGCCCUCUCUACAAGCAGGCGCAGCUCAUGCGUGCGUGUAUCCAGAGGAGCUGUCAGACGGGUAUGCCUCGGGCUACAGUUCAGGGGUACCGCCCAGAGGGCCCAGAGACCGCUUCGCUUUCGCAGCGUCUUUUCCAGCAGGGGCGCAGGGUCUUCCCUGGCAGGCAGGGCACGGGCAGGUGCCACCUCCCCCAGCUGUCGCCAUCCCCCUGCUGAACCUCUCAGAGACCCCGUCGGCUACGGAAGGCUCGCUGGAGUCCCCCAGUGCGCUGCUGAGCUCUGGGGUGAGUGCGUGCUCCACGCCCAGGGUAGGUGCACCUGGUGCAGGCGCAUCUCUAGGGGCAUCUGGUGGGGGCGGUGGCAGCGUGCUGGCGCCCAUCCACGUGCGCUUCAGCGGCCGCACGGCCUUCCCCCGCAGUGCUGACGUGGGCAACAGCAGCGGGGGGGAGGGCCUGGCGGAGCGCGAGCGGGAGAGGCGGGCGAGAGGAGGUGCGGCAGCAGCAGCGGGAGGAGCGGUGGGAGAGGUGGGGGUGAUGGGGGGGAUGGGCAUGGGGCGGCUGGCGAAGGCGAUGGACGGGGUGAGGAUGAGCGGGGGAGGGCAGUUUGCAGCGCACAUGCCCAGCUUCUACGGCUCGCCUGCCAGCCGCACGCACGCCCUGCAGAAGAAGGAAGAGGUGCGCCCGCUGUGCCCUGUCUGGCUUCACUCUCUGCUCUCUGCAAUCUGUAUCAGAGCACGUAACGGCAUCAGGCAGUGCCAGCGUGUGUUUCACAUAGAUUCCUCUGCCCUCCCUCGCCGUGGCAAGCCACAGGUAUCAGAGCAUGUGGCGGCAUCAGAUAGUGAUGACGACGAGGAGCACAUGCGGGAUGCUGCUGACGUCAGCUCCAAUGCUGCCUUCUCCUCCGAAGGCUCCGAGCACGACGAGGAGGAGGGCUCAGUGGCGAGUGACGAGUCGUUCAGCCUGUCGGAGGGCGGCACGGACGACGACAUUGGCGAGGGCGACAGCGCACAGCCCCUCCCCCACCACCUCUCCCUCUCCGCUGCUGCCAUGCCACCGGGCGGCGAGCUCAACGUCUUCCUUGAUGCUGCCAGCCUGCCCCACGUGCUGCCCUCUGCCUCCUACUAUGGCACUCACGGCAACUAUGCCAACCACACCAGUCUCGACGCUCAAGGCAACUAUGGCACAGUACCCCGUGACAAUGAACCUAUGGGGCACCGUGCUCUUGGGGCUUGGGGGCAGCACUACACUGCCCUGCAAGAGGGGGCUGCUGGAUAUGCAGGCGGGGCAGCACCACCGGCAGCAGCAGCUGGUGCUUUUGCUGCCCGGUCGCAUUCCCUGCAGCACACAGCCGGCCGUCCUCACCCCCCACUCCAUCUGCACCGCGUUCCCUCGGCACCUGGUGCUACAGGUGCUGCAAGUGCUGCUUCCCGUGCCGGCCUGCCUCCCUGUCCCACAGGCCACUCCACAUCGUCUGCCCACUUCCCGCGCCGUGGGGCGGAUCCCUUGCCACCUGCUGCACGGGCCUUUCCUCCCACGCCAGGCGCUGACUCGGCUGCAGCCACGGCAGCAGCAGCCACCGAAGGGACUGUUGGGAUCGCUGCAGCUGCAGCCACGGCAGCAGCAGGGGCCUCCAGGGCGCAGGGGGGCCGCGAGUGGGGCAUAGGCAGGCGAGCAGGCGCAGGGGCGGGCGUGGUGCUGGGGAAGUCCAAGUCCAUGGGUGGGAUGAGGGAGAGAGAGGCCGGGGUGAGGGAGGUGGGGGAGAGGGAGGCCGGGCGCAUGCGUGUGAGGCCGUCGCGGCCCGGGGCUGCAAGGCGGUUCUCAGACACGGGUGCAGCUAGCAGAAGGGGAUGGGCGGCGCUGGAGACAACUCUGCAGGGCGGUGCGUUAGUGCUUCAAGAGAGGGAGAGCUUGCAGCCACGUGGGAUUGCAUUGCAGCAAGAAAGACACAUGGCACAGCAGCAGCAGCAGCAGCAGCAGCCGCUGCAAACUGGCAGGGAAUAG